AUGAUUUCCUUUUCGCCAACUUCGUAUUCCUUCGCAUCAUUAUUGAGAACCCCUGCAAGAGUUUCCUUAUUGCUACUACUACCACUACUACUAGUACUGUUGAUUACCUUUACCUCAGCUGGUGUGCAUGCUGGUAGUAUCGUUGGACCCACUUCGUGGAAAACCACAAAUGGAGCAGCAAUGGUGGGAAACAGUAUUUCCAUACCGCUAUUUGCAGGGAAUGGCAGUAUGUUGCAAUAUGUGGAGGUACUCUCUGAUGCCCAACUCCUUCGAUACCGUAGUGCAAGGGGAACAACUAUGAAAGAGUAUAAUGUACCGAGUUUAUCAGGAUGUACUGAACCUACCGGAGUCGCAUUUUUCAACCAAGGACCGAGAGCUUUUAUAUUUUGUGGUAGUGGGACAACAUUUUAUGAUAUUCAGAUUGAUCUAGCUACUAGUGAUCCUCGUGUGGAUCCCGUUCAAACAGGCGAAACCUUUAUUCCCUCUUCCGUAUCUCAUCCUCACCCCGUUGUAGUUGUUCGUGGUAGCAGUACAGAUACAAGAGAAGAUGCUGUAUUAGCGUUGGGACGACAAGGUGAUUUAUACUGUGUGGGAUUGUAUACUUCAUCUGAAAGUGCUGUAUGUUGUCAACGUGAUGCUAUUUCAGAUUUCUAUCUAUCAACAUGGGAGGCUACAACUGACACUCAACCCACUCCAAAGGCAUAUAUUGUUACUGAAACAAAAUUGGGUGCAGGCCUACGUCUUGAUAGUUAUUAUUUACCAACAUUCGCAUCUGGUGUCACACCAAACGCAACAGUGACUUUAUCCUUUACAGGAGGUGCAAAUAUUACACACACUAAUGUAAAUGAUGCUAACAGUUCAGCUCCACUUAUCGCAUACGUACAAGCUGUAUUUGAAACUACAGUAAAGGUAACAGUUGAAGUUGUUAACGCAUAUACACUGGAAUCUGUAAAGGGAGGGACAGUAGACACAGGAAUUCGCGGUUCUCAGCUUACUAGUGUCUCUAGCGCUUAUAUGGUAACAGUUGGUAAUACAAAUAUGUUAGUAGUGCAAACUUCAGAUUUAUUAAUGGUUAUUGAUUAUAUGGGUUUUCCAGAGGCAACAACACCGUUGUGGAUUGCACAAAUCUCUACCGUUCCUGGUCUUCUCUUUUCUCCAUUACGUGAUUUAAAUGCUCUUGCUGGUGAAUGGUAUCGUCGACUACGAUCACCCUCUUACUCUGAUUAUAAUCCAUAUCACCUUAUUCAAGCUUCUGCUGUUCGUGUUAUUUCAACGGAGGGAAAUAUUAGUACAUACACUUUAUCAAAUGGUUCUAAUUCAACCUAUAAUGCUUUAUGGAAUAAUGCUGGAUUUUGUUCAGGUGCAGAUCAGAUGUCUGCUAUAACAGCAUUUGAUGAAUCUUUGGCUUAUGUUGGAUGUAAGGAUGCGGGUCACUAUACUUUAGUUGAUUUAUCUAAUGACCAUCCAUAUUAUCCGGUUACUUGGCCUUCAGUAUCCUUAUCAAACACUCAACCAUUUGGAUUUAUCAGUGGUACAGGAUCUAUUUCGUUGAUGAAAGGAACUAAUGCCCUAGGUGUGGAUUUAAACCCAUUGUUAUUAUACAGUUCAUCUACUUUACAAGUUUAUCGAACUUCUCCUUCAGGAGAUUAUUAUCGAGGACGAUUUGCCCUUCUCACGGAAGAUGUUUCAUCAUCUCAAAAUAUGUUAUUCAAUUUUUAUCAACAUACAGUGUCUGGUACAGAAGGUGGACGUGAUCCUAUGGCUCCAACGGCAGGUCCUACUAGUCUUCCUCGUAAUGUCACCUCCGCACAGCCAUUUACAGUGUUUUUUGGAGAUCGUAAACGUUAUAUCGCCGCUGUUACAACUCCAGGAGUUCUUUCUGUUUUUUCAGCAAUGGAUGGAUCGAAGGUAUCGGAUUUAAAUAUCAGUGAUUGUGUUGGGGCAGGAGAAGGAAAUCAAGGAGUAGUAACCUUUAUGACAUCUUUACAACAUUUUGGUACUUUUACAGAUUAUCAUGUUGUGUUGGGAGGAACAUCAUCAUGUCUUUUUGAAGUUAAUGAUACAUUGGAGCCUCGUAUUUCACGUACUCAACAAGUAGAAAGAGGCGUUGUGGUUGGAACAACACGAUAUAGUGGGUAUAAAUAUACAACUUCAUCCAAAACAUUACAAGCAUUUACAAGUUUUUUUGAUGGAGGUACACGAUCUGUAUAUCAGGUGGCGAAUAUUGGUUCCUAUGUAGUGGGAUCUAAUGUUUUUGUAUACAUCUUGAGUGGAAAUAUUACUUGUCGAAGUGUUCGAAGUGAUAUCAUUGUAUGGACACAAGUCCUUCCACAGAGUUUUACAGCUCCUGUUAUUCAUAUGGCAUAUUAUAAUAAUACAGUAUUUGUGGUAGAUCAACGUAAUAUAUUCCGCUUUGAUGUUCAAUACCGUGAAGAUGAUGAUGGUUCAUCACGUGUACUUUUUCAAAAAGCUGUAGAAGGUGAUGGUGUUAUUUUACUAACUGCUGGAGUUGGACAAGGAAUGGUUGCUGUUUACGCUUCUACCAAUUUAUAUGCCUAUGAUGCUGUUACGGGUACAUUAUUGUGGAAAACAACUCCUCGCACUACGCAAUUACCGGAAAAUGCCCAAACUGAAAUUGUGAUUUAUUCCCCAGAAGAUGCUGGUUCGAGCAAUACGGCGGAAACCGGUCCUGCAUAUGUGGAGGUUCGUAUAAAAACGCCUGCACCAAAAUUAACACAAAUGUCUGAUGUAUAUACCCAAAAUAAUGGAACGGCAUUAACUAGUAUUUCAGAUACUCCCAAUCAACUUAAUGGUCCUAUUAUUUGGGGUAAUAAUUAUUUAACCUUUUCCCCUGAAGGAACAGGUGGAAUGGUGAGUUUUCGUGCACUAAAUCUUCCAAAUGUGGAGAUUCCAAAUCAGGCAAAACGUCCUGCAGCUUCAACAACGGAUGUAUAUGUUCCAGGUGAAAGUCCUAUUAAUCCUUUACCUCCUCGUCUUCCUCGAGGAGAUACAAUAAUGGCAAGUGCCCCUCCAAUGACAUUUUCUCUAAAGGGAGAUUCUGCAUUAAUAUCAGCUGAUAGAUCACGAGCUAUUGUUGGAACUAUUGAAGAACGUGAAAAUCAAUUUGUGUAUACUGCACGUUGUAUUAAAGUGAGUGAUCCACAAGGAACUCCAAUACGUGAAUGGACUAUUUCAACAGGAUCUGUAAGAAAUACUGCUAAUUUUUUGGAGUUUGAUAGUAAUAACUUUUUUAUAUUUACACCCAGUCGACUAACAAUUUAUUCUUGGUCAACAUGUCAAGCAGUUGGUAAUCCAAUAUCAUUAAGUGGACUUGGUGAUAGUUUACCAUCUUAUAUUAGUCGCCCAAGUCAAAAUCAAUGGAUAUAUUUAAACGCUCAAAGAGUCACCGCAUUACAACCUUCAACAGGAGCUCAAGCUUGGCAAGCAAGUGUGGGUUCAUGUAAUACUAUUCGACCUUCAGGAAAUUAUAUUAUAUGCGAUGGAGGAUCUGGAGUAGCCGUAAUAGAUGCAACUGGAGGUGUAUUAACCUUUCAAGAUGCUCCUAAUGCUGCUUUUGCAUCUGCAGGAAGUAAUUUUGCUGGAGUUGUGGCUUCAUCUGAAGGGUAUAAGGCAGUUUAUUAUUCUUCUUCAGCUAAAUUGUUUGAAACAACUAUUAUGAUUUCAAGUGGAGCUGGUAAACCUGUAGGAGCUAUUUCUGGAAAAUCUACUGAAAACAUUAUUGUUACUUUUGAAAACUUGGCAAUUUCUUUAACAUUUAAUCCUGCUAGUAAAACGGCAUUGGUAGAAUGGAGCAAUGAUUUAAAUGGAGAGACUGCUAAGCCUAGUGCACUUGGUUAUACCGCUGCUGGGAAUGCGAAUAUUGUUAUUGGUACUACAAAUGGUAUUAUUAUGUUAGAUGCAGCUAAAGGAAAUGGAUUUACAAAUAUAUCAUUACCAAUACGAUAUGAUGAAGUCAAAAAUGAAGUACAAAACUUUAAAAUGUUAACAGUCACUAGUAAUACUCUUUAUGCUUUUAUGUGGAAUGGAUAUGUAUCAUUAGUGACAUGUACACCAUCAUCUGCUUCAGCACAUUUUGCUUUUGGUUUUGGACUAAAACGUGGAAUGCAACUUUCUUUUGCAGAUGGAUUCCUUCUUGCUGGUGCUGGAUAUUCUGCUGGUAUUAUACCAGUUGAUAUGAACUACUGGGGAGCUCCUGUGGCAUCUGCAGCAGUUGGUUUAAAAUCAAAUGGUACUCUUUUCAUGGCAGGUUGGGAUUUAACUAACAUCACAAAUGUGAAUUUGGUUUCUGUUUCUCCAACAGGAAGAACUGAACCUUUUGGUCUUUCUAGAGAAACAGAAAUUUUAUCAUCUUUGGUAACAGGUACUCGUGCUGCAUUUUUUGGUUCACGUACUAUCAGUAGUAUAAGUGGAGAAACAGGAUCAGGAAUGGAAUAUUCACUUCCCGCAGCGUGUGUAGGUACGAGUCUUAAAAGUAUUUCACGUACGGAUUCUGUGUCUGGAUUCUCUGUGGUUUGGUAUAGUGGAUCUACACGUGAUUGUAUUUUCGUUCUUGGUCAACAAGGUUCACCACCUUCUCUAUUGGCAACUCUUACUAGUUCAUAUAAGGGUGUAGAGAAUGUAAGAUAUGGAAAAAGUUUUGCUGUUCUUACAACCAAUCAAUUAUCUUCUGUUGGAUAUGAUGGAAGUCCUAUUCUUUCUAGGACUUUAAAUGCCCCAAGUUAUAUCUCUUCUCUCUCAUCACGUGAUACUGGUGAUGGUAUAUUUAUUGUUAUUUCUAAUGGAAAUAGGGUGGAUUGUUUUCAGGUGGCAUUUUUACUUCCUGUAUGGAAUUAUACCUUAUCAGCACCUUCAAGAGCUCCAGUAACAUAUUAUAAUAACAGUGUAUUUAUAUCUACAGAAAGAGGACCCAGUAUAUUGGAUCUUGCAGAAUAUACAUAUCCUUGUCCAGAUCGUUUAAAACUAUUUGUGCAACGUGAAGUUGUUACUGGUCGUACAACUUAUCAUUCUCAAGUAGUAAUAGAUGAACAAUAUGGUAUUGGUUUUGUAACAACUUAUCAAACUUUUUAUGCUUUUGAUACUUUUACAGGUAAAAUAUUAUGGCAACGUCCUGAUCUUUACAGUGUGAAAAGUGCUGCAGUUCUUCGUGAUGGUAUGCUUUUGGUCGCUAGUAGUGAAACAGGUAAUGUGAUAUUUUUAAAUCCUUUUACAGGUGCCAGCUUAUUAUAUUUUCCUAAUGCUGCAGAAGAGAGUACUGAAAUCUUUGUUUAUUCUAAUGGAGAAAUUAUUGGAUUUGGUGGAACCAUGUCAACCGUUAUCAAUAUUACGACAUAUGCCCGUUAUUUUAGUAGUGUAAGUGCCAAUCGACCUAAACUUCCACAAUUGCCAUCAUACAGGCCGUAUAAUUAUGCGGCUAGUGAUCAUCCAAAUGACUGUUCCCCUCCUAACAGUUCCAAUACUCCUAUUAUAUUCUCAACAAGUGAAGAAUGGGUAUCGGGUUCAUUAUAUGGUUUACGUGGAGCCUCUCAAGCACUUGUUUCUAUUCCCAGUGGAAGAGAAAAUGGAUGGGCGGCGGCAUUAAUAGGAAGACUUGUAUACCUUUCACGUGCUUAUCAUGGAACCUUUUACCAGAGUACUUUUUUUCCAUUGAAUGCCACUGGAUGUAAUGUACUUAGUUUGUAUGCUGUUUCUGCAGAAAAAGUUAUUGUGGGUGUUGGAUGUGGUAAAACGACAAACUUUUAUAAUGCUUCCGGAGGAUUGCAAGGUACCGUAUCUCGAAUUGGGAAAAGUAGUACCAAUAUAGUUUUACGUGGAAAUGGAUAUUAUAUCAAUAGUGAUAAUAAUUUUGAUGCUGUAAGUUUAUCUACCUUUGCCGUCGUUCCACCUAUUGCGGCAUCUACGAAAUGUACGGAAACGUAUGAUAUGAUUCCUCUUCCAAAGAAAGAACGUAUUAUAUUUUAUUGUAGUAAUGUGGGAAUUCGAAGUAUGCAUUACUCUCAACUUGUACCAAUUGGUGCUACUGUUAAAGGUCCAGCUGGUCAAACAACUUUUUCAUCUUAUGAAGUGAAUGAAGCCCUUAGUGUGGGUAUUGCUUGUGGAAGUACAGGAUCUAGUAGUUAUAUGGUAGCUUUUAAUUUAGAUGGUAUGACAAAUAUUGUAAAUCACACGGAACCAAUAUCAGGAAAAACUAUUUGUGGAAUUCGAUAUCCACAUGACCCAAGUACAGCAAAUCCAAUCUUUGUAUUUACUUAUCGAAAUGGAUACAAAACAUGGCCUAUAAAAGGAGGUGAUCCAACUUCUCAAAGCAUACAAGAUUUUGUUCCUGCAGCUAUUUCAAGUUUGGGUAUCAUUUACCGUAACGCAGGUUUUGAUUACUUUUUUAGACGUUUUGGUAAUACCACAAGUUCACUAAUAUUCUCUGCAGAUUCUGAUUCUACUGGAUAUAUGAUACUACAAGGACCUGAUGAUGUUCCAACAUCUUCAAGUGUCGUCGUGUAUGGAAAUUCUUUCAGUUUUGCCGUUAAUACUUCUUUUACAAAUCCCACACCUCUCUGGACAGGAAAGGGCAAUAUUGAUUAUAAAGCUGGAGCUCCAUAUGCUACUUCAGGAUCUUUUGUGUACACUUCAACCAAGAGUAACCAUUUUAUAGGUCUUAUGGUUUCUAAUGUCUCCUUUGCUCUUCAAGGAGUUUCCCAGACGAGAACAGCUAUUAUUGAUAAACAACAACGGGUGUUUGUAUCCCAACCUGGAACUAUUGGAUGCUUAGACAGUAAUGGAAAUGUACUUUGGAAUAAUCGUUUCAGUAAUGCUGGUGGUGUACAAGCCGUAUUUAAACCUGUUGUUUUAGAUUCUUCAGAUUUUAUUCUGGUUUCUGGUGGAAGUCGUGCGGCGGCUAUUGUGAAUAAACGAACUGGUGUUCUUGCAAGAAGUUUCCAACUCGAAAGAUGUGCCGUUGCGCCUGAUUCUACUGAAGGUACAGUUGUUGUUAAUGGGACUAUGGUUUACGUUACAUUACGAGGAUGGUCAUGUGUUCAUGUUAUUGAUCUUGAUGUGAAGAAUAACAGUGGAGUGAUUACGGUACCAGAUGUUCUCUCCUUAGAGAUUGAAGGAGCAACAGGUGGUGUUACUGCUGGAUUUCCUUUACGGCCAAAGGUGGGUAGUGCGAAUUAUCUUCUCUUUGCUGCGAUCACACCCAAUACGGAGAAUAGAAAUCUAACCUUUUCUUUAUAUGGUAUAGAGAGUUUAAAACCAUUUUCAUGGAAACGACUUCGAACUUAUUCUCUUCGAGCUGUAGUUGGUAGUAUAUCUACCUAUGGUUACUUUUUAUAUACUGGAGUUCAAUCAACCUUAAAUGUUUAUGAUUUACUUACAGGAAGAUAUGUUUGGGGAUAUAUCUUUGAAACCGAUAUUGUGGGACCCGUUUUGGGAGUUGAUCGUACUUUAUAUGUUGCCACACUAAAAGGUAUACAAUCGCUUCGAUCUAAUUUAAAUACACCAUGGGCAUUGCGUCGAAUGGGGAAUGUCAGUUUCAUUAUCCCAAUGACAUCAGUUCCACGUAAUCGCAUGGGACCUAUACGUACUUCUUAUGGACAAGUUAUUUUCUCUUCUAAUAUUGGUACCUUUUCUUUUAAACAUCUACGAGAAGGUACCUCUUUAACUCCAGGUUGGGUUUCAGAAAAAUCUGUGUUAUAUCAUGAAGAAGCCUUUUUAACGGCAGAUUCCCCUAUUGGAUUAUUUGACAGUGAUAAUGGUACAGGUGUAUUAGACCUUACUUCUGGUCUCAUGUUUUGGUUAAGUGGUGUUUAUGCCUCACGUCCGUUAACAAAUGGAGUUUCUUUAGCGAAUGCCCCAUUUUUUGUUUGUUCGUUUGUGGCUGAAGAUGCGACCUGUCGACAAGUUCCGCAAUCACUACUGCGUCCACAAAAUCCAAUGCCAUUAUAUGAAUAUCUUGGAGAACCAGAAGAUAAGACCCCAGAUGAUUGGACACCUAUUUACCCGGAUGGUGGUGGUUCUAAACCGGUAAGGCCAUCUGCACAGUGUCUUAGUCUUAUGCAUGCACAUAUUCCAUCAUUUGCAAAUUGUGUAAACAUUGCGAUUGCAUCUAUUUAUCCAAAUGGUAGGGAGUCUAAAUUAACUUGUCCGGCAGAUUUCCUUUUUAUCAAAAAUUGUCAGGAAAACUUAAAUGCUUUGGCAGAUUUUUGCGUCGAUGUGAUUACAUACAUGAUGGACAAUUGGAAACAACAAACCAUGGAUGCCGCUUCCCCUGUUGGCGUUUGUGUGAGAGAAGAAGCAGCUCAUCGUUGCCAAACAGAAGAUAAUGAAACUCUUCAAAACUCUUGUUCAUUUGUAACGAUGAGUUUUGUUACCAAUGGUUAUGAAAAUCCUAUUGGUUAUGAUAUUGCCUAUCCCUUACCUGCAUUUAACUUUCCUUCCGCUGUUAAACCUUCUAAUGUCGGAGCUGUUGUGGGAGGAGUGAUAGCUGCUGUGGUGGUGGUGUUGAUUGGAGUCGGCGUGGGUGUUUAUUUCUACCGUAAACGCAGUCGUAAGCGGGAUGCCCGUUUCUUUGACGAUGAUGCCGAACUCACCUCUCACCUCACGCAGAAGGAAGAGGCCAGUGAAGUGUUUAAACCGGCCUCUCGACGAAGUCCGGCGUUGAGCUCAAAAGAAAGUUCACUUCUCAUUGGUGGAUUGGCCGCACGCCCCCCAGCACCGCCGUUAACCGAAACGACAGAAACAACUCCACUCAUAUCCACCAUCACUCCACCAGUCAACACAGCCGCAGAGGGGCCAAGGAAGAUGCCGGCAAAGAUGCCAGUGAAGAUGAUGGCAAAGAAGGCGGUUGGGCCAAAGUUACCCACACCACCUGCGCCAAGUAAAACGGUGAACACAGAUAUCAUUGAUGGUGAUGAUUUGUAA